CAUGUUCCGGGAUUACGGUGAUCAUGUCUGAAAUCUAGCACAAUCAUUUUUCCCUUCCGAUGGUACGAUUUCAUUAGCUGACCACUGUGUGUCAGAGAAGGGUCGCAGGGGCAAGAUGUAUGGCAUGUUACUGGAGAGUGUCCAGCAUUACAUAAAAACUGACCAUGGAGAACACAUGUGGCGGUCAGUACUGGAACACAUUGGCCUCAAGAACACUGUCUUUACCACGCACGUCAUCUACCCAGACCAUGUCAUGAUUGAUCUGUCAAAAGCUUGUAGCACACUGAUUGGGGACCGUACACCUGAAGAAUACCUUGAGUAUUUUGGACAGUGUUUCGUCAAAUUUUUCAGUCAUUAUGGUUAUGACAAAAUUGUUCGAAUAUCAGGACGGCAUUAUCGUGACUUUUUAAAAGAGAUUGACAAUUUGCAUGAAAAUAUGCGGUUCAGCUUUCCUCGCAUGCAUAGUCCAUCAUUCAAUGUGAGUGAAGAGGAUGGUAACGGUUGUGUCCUUGUUUAUCGUUCGAGACGCCAGGGAUUUACGCCCUACGUCAUUGGCCAAUUGUGUGAAUGUGCUACUCAGUUUUACGGAAUUAAUGUAACUGUUAGUAAAAUCACACAGUGCUCAAUAGAUGUUGGCUAUCACACAAAGUUUCGUCUAAAUUUCACAAACAGUGCCUUUAGGGAGAAAGCUGGAGCCUCAUCCCCGCUCUAUCCCUCUGAGUUCCCUGCCUUGUCUGCCAACACUAUAUUUAAGUUAUUUCCAUUUUGUAUAGUAUUUGAUGAGAAUCUUGUGAUAAGACACACGGGAAACAAUUUACCGAUGUUGUUGGAGUCGGACAGUUUGAUUGGCUCAGAGUUACCAACCAGAUUCCUGAUACGAAGACCAUUGAUAGACUGCACUUGGAGCAAUAUAAAGAGGUUGCAGCGAGUGAUGUUUGAAGUCCAGUAUCGGAGCCCUGUUCAUCGACUGUCCAUUGUCAGUUUGGGGUCAGGGGUAAGACCACAAGCAAGUAAAGUGCUGUUACGAGGACAAGUGAAGUUCAUGGAGGACUGGAAUAUGAUGGUUUUCUUGUGUACCCCCCUGGUCAGUGGUUUGACAGACCUGGAAAAGAUGGGAUUGUACAUCAGCGAUCUUAACAUGUACGACAAUAGUCGACAGAUGGUGAUGACUGGUUGGCAGCACUCCUCGGUACUCGAAUAUUCUAUAGAACAGCAGGUGAAGCAGAGUGAGAAGAUUUCAGCAACGAUGCGAGAGCUGGAUGACUGGCAACAGAAUAGCAACAUGCUCCUGUACAAUAUGAUACCAGAGACAAUUGCCAAAGACCUCAAAAACGGCGUUGACCCCAUCAAAACCUGUCAGGUGUUUGAGGAUGUGACGAUUCUAUUCAGUUACCUGGUAGAUUUCGAUUUGAUCUGUACCCGAGGAACACCUUUACAGAUUGUUCAAUGCAUCAACAAUAUCUUCAUCGUGUUUGACAAUAUCGUCGACAAACAUGGCUGCUUCAAGGUUGAGACGCUGGGCGAUGCUGUGUACAUGGUGGCCGGUGGUGUUCCUGACAGACAUCCCAAUCAUGCCCACCAGGUGGCAGGUCUUGCUUUAGAUUUACUCAGGCUAUCAAAAGAACUCAAAGACCCAACCACAGGAAAAAAUCUCCAGUUUCGGUUAGGCAUACAUUCAGGUGGAGUAGUGGGUGGGGUCAUAGGUCGCCGGAUGCCUCAGUAUUGCCUCUUCGGGGACACAGUGAACACAGCCUCACGUAUGCAGUCCCAUGGCGAGCCUGGUAAAAUACAUCUAAGUGAACAGUGUAACCAGCAUUUAGAAGGGAGCAAAUUCAUCACCAUCUCCAGGGGUACUAUUUAUGUCAAGGGUAAAGGAAAUAUGGAGACCUACUGGUUGAUUGAAGAAAAUCAGGAUUAAGAAACACCACAACAGUGACCAGUGUCCAGUGACAUAUUACGACAGUGACCAGUGUCCAGUGUUCAGUGACAUAUUACGACAGUGACCAGUGUCCAGUUACAUGUUACAACAGUGAUAAGUGUCCAGUGACAUGUUACAACAGUAACCAGUUACAUGUUACAACAGUGACCAGUGUUCAGUGACAUAUUACAAC